AACCAAGCAAAUUUUACAAUGUCAAAACAUAUUCCUCCACCUGGUGCCAAAAGCAUCAAUGAGAUCCUUGCCGAGGCACGCACUCAUCUCACUCGCGUAACUCCGGCCCAGCUUCUUACAGAAUUGCAAUCAUCCUCAUCUCACAGCCCAACCCACAUUGUGGACAUCCGACCAGCCGCACAGCGUGAGCGAGAAGGCGCCUUGAUCUUUCCCGACGCGCCGCUAUUCGACGCAUCAACCACUGAGCAUACAAUUAACAUUAUUGAGCGCAACGUGCUGGAGUGGCGCUUGGAUCCGCAAAACGAGGCCCGGAUCAAGGAGAUUGUGGACGAAUUUGGAUACGACACGCGGGUCGUCGUGUCGUGUUCAGAGGGCUACACAAGUUCGCUGGCGGCGAGAGAACUGCAGAAGCUGGGAUUGUCGCGAGCAACAGAUUUGGAAGGUGGGUAUUGGGCUUGGAAGCGGUAUUUGGAUGACAGACAAGCAUCUUAGCGCAGUAGCUGAGCCAUUAAACUAGCAUCAGUUGGUUGUUAGAUCCAAGAUCAGUCAAGAUAUUCGCAUGAGGGCGUAACGUAUCAAAUAUCACGAUGAAGCUCAAAGAUAGCUAGAAACAGCUUGUUGAGACUACUAAUGAAAGUCUGC